GAGCGCUCACUGGACACUGUGACGUCAUCCAUUUGGUCACCUGAACAGUUUACAGGUGGCAGCACAAGAAGAAGAGGUACAUUUUCAUAUUCACUAAACGUCGAAACAAACCGCAGGUACACUAAUAAAACAAUACAACUCGACCCGCCCAACUCCAGCCAUGACGUCAUCUGCUCAAUGCCUUCUGCUCACAAUGCUCCUAGUGGCCACCCUUGACUUCCUGUACGCAGAAGACAUCGGCUUCGCGGAAACAGACUCGGAACUGACGCCCUUUGCCGGGGCAGUCGCCGACCACGUCCUGAAAGAGGGCUUCGGGAAGAGGGGCUACUUCGACAAGCGGGGCUUUUUCGACAAACGAGGUGACGCAAGCAAACGCGGCUUCUUCGACAAGCGAGGGUUUUUCGACAAGAAGAGUUACGCCGAUAGCAAAGAUGAAGAGUCGAACGCUGCUCUCUCAGACUUCGCCGAAGACAAAAGGGGUUUCUUCGACAAGCGAUACUACGGCAGUAAGCGGGAAGAAAUCAGUCCCAGGGUGUUGAAUCUUCUUCUGAGAAAUUAUCAGAUCCACCCUAGUCCUCUCAAUGGACACAACGCUUUCAGCAGGCUUCUCGCGAAGCAGGGAUUUUGGGAGAACUGAAAGUUUGGCAAGUCAUUUGGCAAGAUGAUGUAGAA